AUGCACGAUCAAGGUAUGUGAUUUAUUGGAACUAGGCAUUUCACAGCCCAUACCCUCAAACCACCCUAGCCAAUCUUUCGUAAGACAGUCUCGAUAGACAUAUGUAUUAAUAAAUCCCCAAAUCUUAGAAAGCCCAGUUUCCCAGGACUAAAAAGAAUAAUUUUUCAAAGAAUCCAAACUUACCAUCUCAUUUUCCUCUCCGCCGAAUUCUGGUCGAGAUAACUGCAUUCCUGACGAAGAAGUAAUAUCGUACUUCAUCCCAGACGACAAUCACUCGCAAGCCAGCUACAAAUAGGUACGCUUCAUUGAACCUCAAGAAAAGUAAUUUGAUAACAUAAGUAGAGUAGAACUACUAAUACUAUUGGGUAUAAAUACAGAAGGCAGAGGUCCAUUCCCAUCCCUGAAAAAGUUCAAGAAGAUUUGAUUGGAGAGUCCUCUUAACUCUCCCCUUACAACAAGAGUUAAAUCCGUAUUAAAGAACGGUAACAUAUGAAUUAAUCGACUAAUUUAUUACAUGACAAUGAAAAUUAAUUUGCCUUAAAUGCCAUCUAACUAGAUAAUAGUUUUGGCCUGAAAACUAUCUCAUCAAGCUAACAAUCUGAUCAAAUCAGUCAAUUGGCAGAUGAACUAGUCACUUUAGUCAAAAAUUACUUAAAUGAUAUUUCAUACCAUGAAAGGCAUUUUACUUUUGAUGAACGAGAAAUUGACUACAGAAAUCGAUAACAACUUUAACGCAGAGUACUUUAAGUAAACUUCACAAUUAUUAACUAGAAAGCCUUAGUAAACUUAAAUCUUAAGUAAAAUUUUUCAACUUCCUCUCCUAUUUCCAAAAGAUCCAAUGUACAACAUAGUCAAGAUGAUUUCAAUAUAGACUAUUAGGAAUUGCUAUAAAAAAUUGAGGAUCUAACUGAUUAAAAUGAUUUAUUGAAGGAUAAAUUAGAAAUUCAAGAUUUGAAAUUAUUAGAACAAUACGAAGAAGUUAAAGAACUCAAGAUAUAAUUUGUGGAUUUGGAAUUGAAAAACAAGUCUCUAUUAAUUGAUUUAGAUUCUAAGGAGUAAGAAAUCACUACUUUGAAUGAGUAGUUGUUGCAAUUGAAAAAAUAAUUAGAUGACCAAAUUAAAAUUGGUUAAAUGCAAACGUAAAAAAUCUCAUAAUUGGAAUAACAGUAAAUGAUUGAAAAACAAUCGAAUUCUUAUUAUUACACUUUGAAACCUAAUACUAGUCUGAAUAGAUCAUUUAAAAAGGAGAAAAAACAUACAAAUUCAUUUCAUGAAGUCUGUUCGUCCCCCAAUGGAAAGAAAAUUAUGAUUGUAAACAGUAGCACCAAUAGUUCACAACAAUCACCAAGGAAUCUGUAAAUUUCAAAUAGCAAAACCCUCAAUUUGGAUGAUACCACCUACUUUGGAUCAGUUUACAACGAAAAAAGAUAGGGAUAUGGGAAUCUAAAGAAGGGAGAUAAGAAAUUAUAUAUGGGUAUUAAUGAUAAGUUAACAACAAGGAUUCUGGAAGGAUGACUCUUUCAAUGGGUUUGGACAUUUAAACAAUGAGACUGUGGAUUUUGGCAUAAUUGAUUACAGAAACUUAGAUUCAGUAGGAAAUAAGUGGAUUAGCUAUCAAGGGGAGUUCUAGGAUGGCUUGUUUCAUGGUUAUGGAAUUUGGACAUUUAGUGACAAUUCUAGAUUCCAUGGAGUGUUCUAAUUAGGCAAAGCUUGUGGUAGAGGGUACUAUAAAUUACAUAUCAAUUAGUGCUUACUAUACAAAUAUUAAUACUAUUUAGGGAAUAUGGAAUAAAAAUAUUAAAAUGUGA